AUGGCAUUAGCUGAAACUGUUUAUAGAAAGAUUAAUAAAUUGGGUAUUAUACCAAAACUAAUACAUUUACUACCUAAAUUAUCAUUCAUAUUUGCUGCUUUAAGUGUUGCUUGGUUAUGUUAUUUACCAUUGGAUGGGAAUUAUAGAAAUGUAUAUAUUUCUGAAAACGCUUUGAUGCCUGCCCAGGUUACACUGUAUUUUAGGGAAUCUGAAUGGAAUGUAGUCCGAGGUUAUAGAGAAGAAUUUGGUAAAUUAGAAAACCUAUCAUUAAAUGAAAGAAAUUCAAUGGUUGAAUCAUGGUUAAAAGAUUUAAAUUUACAAGUUUCAUAUCAUAAUAAUCAAACUUUAUACAGUAUAAUGCAUGCUCCAAGAGGUGAAAAUACUGAAGCAAUGGCAUUAGUUGUACCUUGGUUUAACUCAGAUAAAGAAUAUAAUGAAGGUGCUUUAAGUUUGGCUCUUGCUUUAAUUCGUUAUUUUAAUAAAAUGUCAAUUUGGUCAAAGAAUAUUAUUUUAAUAUUCCCCGAGAAUUCAGGUAAAGUUCUAAGAUCUUGGGUUGAAGCUUAUCAUACUACAUUAGAUGAAACUGCUGGUUCUAUUGAAGCUGCUAUUAUAAUGGAAUAUGGUAAACAAGGUGAUUAUUUUAAUUAUUAUCAAAUGUUUUAUGAAGGUUUAAAUGGUCAAUUACCAAAUUUAGAUUUAUUAAAUACGGCAAAUUUAAUUAGUUCUCAUGAAGGUAUAUCGAAAUCAAUACAGGGUUAUAAAGAUAAUUUAAUGAAUUUUAAUACUAGAUUAAAUACAUUAUUUAAGGGCAUAUUGAAACUUAGUUUAACUGGUUUAACUAAUGAUUUAUAUGGAUGUGAAGCAUUUUCAGGGUGGCAAAUACAAGCAUUUACAAUAAAAGCAGUGGGAAGUGCAGGUCAUGAUGUUACUCAAUUUGGAAGAAUUGUUGAUUCAACAUUUAGGUCAGUUAAUAAUUUAUUAGAAAAAUUUCAUCAAUCAUUUUUCUUUUAUUUGAUGUUAUCACCAAAGAAUUUUGUUUCAAUUGGUACUUAUUUACCUAGUGCUGUAUUGUUAGCAGUUUCAUUUGCAUUAAGUUCAUUAAGUUCAAUUUUAAAUAAUAUUAAAGUUGAAAUGAUAUUUGAUAAUUUAACAUUUUUCCUUAAUAUUAUAGCAUUUGUCGAAAUUGGAUGUUUAAUAAUUGCAUUUACAUUACCAAAUACUCAAUUUUUUGAAAUUGGAAUGAGUUUAUUAGGUGUAAUAUCAUUAUUACCAAAUUUUGAAUUUAAAAAUAAUCAGUUUUCAUUUGCAUUAAUUUCAAUAUCAUUAUUUUUUAUAAGUUUAUUAAUUACAGCUUUAUUAAUUGUUCAUUUUUCAUUAGCUUUUAUAAUUGGUUUAUUAGGAUUUCCUUUAACAUUUAUACCCACAUUAUUAAAACAAAGAAAAGUUAAAAUAGCCAAAUUAAUUUCAAUCAUUUCGAAUCCAUUUUUCAUCAUAUAUAUAGGAAGUCGAUAUCUUGAACAUCCAGAAAUUUAUUCAAAAUUAUUAACUUCAUGGAAUGAUUUACAGUGUUGGACUUGGUUUAUAGUUAUGCUUGGAUGGUUUCCAUCUUGGAUUUUAAUUACAAUAAGCAUAAUAGGAUAUAAAGAAGUAGAUGAAAUUAAAAAAGAUAUCUAA